UUCUAGAAUGACAUUAUUCUCGUCAAUAUUUGAAAAACCUACAAAUUAUUUUAUCAAAAUGCUUAUUGCUGGUUUGACAUACAGCCUCAUCAAUCAGGACCACCAGAAAGAUCGUACUAAAACCAGACAAUUGAAGCAAACCAAUCAAUUUGGUUGGUUACAUCUGAUUCGACGGCGCUGAGUUUCGGGGCGAAUCGGCGCUACCUGAUGCAGACGUGCCCUAGCCGCACAUAUUCCUGCCGCCUCUCGCUGAUCGAUGGGCACUCCUCUGUCAGCCGGAUUUCGCGACAAGGGAGCCCUUAACCUCCCCUCCGUUUCUGCGAAUUUUGAAAAGCCACAAAAGCCACACACCAUAAAUAUUCUCAACUCUCCAAGUCGGUCUUCCCCUUCAUCAGGCAACGGCGCGGCGAAUACUGCAAGCCCUAGCGUGGCUGGAAACGCUAGGAUUUCUUAUGCGAACGCCACUGUGAAGCGACCUGUUAAGCGGCCGGAUUUAGCAGCCCAUGUGUUUCACGAUUUGCGUCCAACGAAGGAGGGAGAUCAAUUCUCCCUGAAAAUACCAAAUGCUUUAUAUCUUGAGGAGGUUAAAGCUUUUGAGCACGCGUUGACAGGACGUCUCCUGCUGGGGAAAGGCGAUAAGCCACGUUCUACUAUGGAAUUGAAAUCGGAACUUCAACAACUUUGGGGUAUAGUUUCUGCUUGGCAGUUGAUUCCGUUGGGAAAGGGCUAUUAUACACUCCGAUUUACUACAGCGACUGAUAAAGCUAUAGCGAAGGAGAAGGCGAUCUGGGAACUCUCGAAGGGGAAUCUUCGGCUCUGGGAGUGGACUUGCAAUUUUGAUCCGUUCAAGGAAAACUCUCCUUUGGCUAACGUGUGGGUCAGAAUUCAUUACCUUCCAAUCGAAUACUGGAAUCCACAAAUUAUCUCUGGCAUUGGACGUUUCUUGGGCCACCCCUUGAAGAUCGAUGGUGCGUCGGCAGGAAGAGAUUUUGGACAGUUCGCCCGCAUUCUUGUUGAAAUAGAUAUGUCUCUUCCUCUCCCUCAUAUUAUGCUUAUUGAUAUGGAGGAGUUCUCAUUUCAUGUGGAAUUUGUUUUCGAAAAUCUUCCCCUUUAUUGUGGUCGUUGCAAGAUUACGGGACAUUCUCCCAAUGGAUGCCACAAGAACAAAUCGGUGGCGCCGGGGGAGGCAAAGGAUACAAAUACUGCGCUGCCGAAACAGCCGCAAUCGAUUACCCAGAAAUCACAGCCACAUCCGGAGUGGCAGCAGGUUGGUGGAAGGCAGCAGGUUGGGAAGGAGCCGGUAGUGGCUGAAUCGGAGCAAGUUGGGUCCAAGAUUACUGAACCGCAGAAGUUGUUAGGAAACUCUUUUGGAUCCUUGGUGGCAGAAGACGUUGAGGAGGAAAACUUGGAGGUGGUAGAUGAGGAUAUUGUUGUGGAGUCUACAGAGAGACGCCUGGCUGCGAGUCCCAGGAAGGAUUUAGAGGGGCGUAAUGAUGACUUCGACUGUGAGGCCAGCGGCUUACAGAAGAAAGAUUUAGCCCUUGAUAACACUAUCAGAGCACAACGUCUGGAGCAUGAGCUGGAAAAAACGCCAAACUCUUUGGCGUCGCCGGCUGGGGAGAACACUGAGACUGAUUCUCCUAUUCUUCCGGGAGCAAAUGGAGGAGCUGUGGUAGAGCAGCAUUCGGUAGUUAGGACAGAAGAUUCAGCGACCCAAUCCUAUCCUACUCCGGUUGAUGUUGAGAAGCAGACCAAUCCUACUCCGGAUGAGAUGGCGAGUCGUAUAAUUAGGUUAGAGGAGCAGGUUAAUCAGGGGAUGCAGUUGCUCUCGGAGCAGAAGCGCGGACGUGGUAGCCCAAAGGGCUCGGUAAAGGGACGAGAGCCUGUACAUGCCAUUCCAGAAGGUUGUAUUAAAAGCCGUCUCAGGAAUGCGGAAGAAAUGGGUUACAAGCCAAGGGAAUUUGUGGUUGACCUCACCAAUAGGCCCAGUAUGAUUGCAAUGAAUAAUGUUGUCCAUGGGCGUUGGUCGAAUGACAUGGAUGAUUAUCCUGAGUUUCAGUAUUAAGUUACUUAGUUUUUCCUUCUCUUUUCAAGUUUUGUGCCCUUAGUCUGCGUCUUUGUGCUUUCAAGGGAUGUUUUUUCCUUUUCUUUUUUAAUAAAUCUCAAUUUAAUAAUAAUACUCUUUUUCCA